AUGAAUGGUGCUAGCAAUUUGACAUUGGACAUGGUCCUGAACCCGGGCACGAUCGUUAAUACAGAACGAGAGGUGAUCCUACUUCGAGCUGAGCUGAAGGCGACGCCAGAGGAGCAAACUGAGAAGAUCAAAAAGCUAGAGGACAAGAUCGAGGAGAAACAGAUGAAGAUUGUGAAUGAGAUGAAGCUAGUCAUGACUGACAAUCUCAAACUGGAGUUCUUAGUACAAGCCAUUCUGUCAAUAUUUGCUUUUGGCUUCAUGUGCUAUGAUGCCUUCCCAUGGAUACCUGAUCUGACCUGGGCCGGCAUCAACAAAGUUGGUUCCAAGCUGGCGCUCAAGCUUUUUGGCGUUUGGGGCCUGUGGCUGUUUACUGUGCCGGCUCUUCGUGCACGAAAACCUGGUGGGCCAUAUGGCAUGGGCUACGAGGAGAAGCGAGCGCUGGACAUCUCCUUUCUGGUGUUGCCCUUUGUUUGCAUAUUUGCGCCAAUUGUGUUCAAGGAUGCAUCGACAACCUACUGGCUCUCGCUGCUCACUCUGGGUGCAUUGUAUGGGUGGAGCUUCAACACGCCGUUAACUGAUGGCAAGAUCCAGCGUGGAGCGGGCCAGGACCUUAACUUGCCAGAGCCUGUGAUGUGGGCAAUUAAGGCCCUGGACUUUGGCACUGGCUCCGAGCGAGGUGCACGCUCGGAGGACAAAUCAUGGCAGGACCAGCUAGCAGCCUAUGAGAAGGCUGCUGAGGAGCUGGCUGCAAAAAAAGCCGAGAGGGCAGCUGCCGGAAGCAAGCAGUGA